GAUCAUUGCAUAAUAUAUCAAGGUUACAAGAAUCGGAACCGUUUCAUUCAAUAAAAAUUAACGCGGUAUAUGUUGGAGACAUUCAUGUCGAUGUACCUCCAAUUGAUUCAAUUCUUGACACUAGAAGUGAUAGAAUUUCUUUUGGCAAGGCUUCGGGUGAUUUCUUUAGGUUGAUAAAUGCUACUAAAUCGCCUGAAGGAUGGAAAAUACCAAAACUCGUGAAUAUAUCAUUUGAUAUCACAUUAAGUAAUGAUGAAACAGUGAAAUUUGACCUGCCAAGUAAUGCAAUCUGUGAUAAUAGCGUAGGUUUAAGAAAAGGUUGUAUAGCUGUUGUGGAUGAUAGAUCUGGUCCAUUAAAUACGUGGAUAUUUGGAAUUCCAUUUCUUCAAAACUUUUAUUUUGCGAUCGACUUCAAGCAAAACCUUAUAAAAUUUGCUAAUAGAAAUAACUUUUGUCCCUCGAUAACUACGGCUACAACGCAAUUUUUUACGGCUACAACGCGAUUUUCUACGGCUACAACACAAUCUCCUAAGGCUAUAACGCGAUCUCCUACAAAGCAUCUCCUACAAAAGCA